GAUGGAGGGGUUGGGCUUAUCAAGACCCAGGCUGGUAGUCGCACCCGGGACUUGCGCGGCGGAAAGAUGGGGCAUUAUCAGGCCAGGUCUUUGCCGUGACAGUGUGUUCCCUCUUCCUGAUUUUGUGCUCUUUCUCGAUCGUUACGAAGACGGGUUUACGAAGUGAAAGGCAAGCAGAAGCAGGAUGGAGAAGAUCAAGACGUUGCUGAUAGCGAAUCGCGGCGAGAUUGCCGUGAGAAUUAUUAAAACAGCCAAAAGACUCGGAAUAAGAACAAUCUCCAUUUACACGCCCGCGGACGCAACCUCGCUCCACGUCUCAGCAGCCGACGAGGCCAUCCUCCUACCCGGCUCCAACUCCACCGCUUACACUGACGGCGAUGAAAUCAUCAAGAUCGCCAAAGACAAGAAGGCCAAUGCCAUCAUCCCCGGCUACGGCUUCUUGAGCGAGAAUGCAGACUUUGCCCGCUCCGUCGGCGACGCUGGACUGGUCUGGGUGGGCCCGAGUCCGGAGUCCAUCGAGGCCUUUGGCAUCAAGCAUGUUGCUCGGGAACUUGCUCAGAAGGCUGGAGUCCCGAUCGUUCCCGGGACGGAAGGUCUGGUGAAGAGCGAGGAUGAGGCUCUUGCGGAGUGUGAGAAGUUGGGGUAUCCCGUCAUGUUGAAGGCCACUGCUGGCGGUGGUGGGAUGGGGUUGGUCGUGUGUCACGAGGCGGGAGAGGUGAAGGAGGGCUUUCGGAUGGUGCAGUCUCGAGGUCAGAGCCUGUUCAAGAGCGGCGAUCUAUUCAUCGAAAAGUUCUAUCCGGCAUCGCACCACGUCGAGGUCCAAAUCUUCGGCAAUGGCCAGGGAGAAGCGAUUCACUUUGGCGAACGAGAAUGCAGCAUUCAACGACGCAAUCAGAAGGUGAUCGAAGAAUGCCCGAGCCCGUUCGUUCAAAAGCACGACGGUCUACGAGAGAAGAUCACCGAGGCCGCAGUCAGUCUAGCCAAGAGCCAGAGCUAUGCCUCUGCAGGAACCAUCGAGUGUCUGGUCGACGACGAAUCGGGCGACUUCUUCUUCCUGGAAAUGAACACGCGCCUGCAAGUCGAACACGGCAUCACGGAGCUCUGCUACGAUGUAGACCUCGUGGAGCUCAUGCUCCAACAAGCGGAUGCUCAGCUGGCCGGCAAAGGCGGGCUUUCAGCAGACCACUUGAAAUCCUUACAGCCCAAAGGUCCAACGGGCCAUGCAAUCGAGGCAAGAGUCUACGCUGAGAAUCCCAUUCGAGACUACGCGCCUUCUCCUGGUCUGCUGCAGGAAGUCGAGUUUUCGCACCGUGACGGAGCUCGCAUUGACACUUGGGUGUUCACGGGCACGAGUAUUAGUCCGAACUACGAUCCGCUGAUUGCCAAAGUCAUGAAUCACGCAAAGACACGGCAGGCGGCCAUCAAAGGCAUGGAUCUGAUCCUGAGUCGCUCGAAGAUACUCGGCCCACCGACCAACCUGGAGUUUCUCGAUGCUAUCAUGAGAGAUGAGACGUUUCAGUCCGGCCACACGAUCACCAGCUUCUUGAAAGACUUCAAGUAUGAGAUCUCGGCCAUCGACGUGAUUUCAGGAGGCGCUCAAACUGUUGUCCAAGAUCUACCUGGUCGACCGACUGUCGGACAAGGCAUCUGCCAUAGCGGUGCCAUGGAUCCAGUCGCUCUCAGCAUUGGAAACAUGCUUGUGGGCAAUGAACGAGGCAAGGAAGGCUUGGAGAUCACACUCAGCGGUCCUGAACUGCGUUUCCUUGGACCUGCCGUCGUUGCGUUGACAGGUGCCCCCAUGGAAGCAAAACUGGACAACGACGACUUUCCAAUGUGGACGCGAAAGCACAUCAAAGCAGGCCAGAAGCUCAAGAUCGGCAAGCAGACCGGCGGCGGCUGUCGCAGCUACCUCGCCGUGCACGGAGGCUUCCCUUCCGUGGCCGAGUACUUUGGCUCGAAAUCCACCUCCGCCAUAGUCGCAAUAGGAGGUCUUCAAGGCCGCGGACUGGCACCCGGCGAUCUCCUCAAUGUAGUCAAAGACAUACCAAAGAAUCUCGGUGGGCACCCCGCGAUCCCUGAGAAGGUGAGACCGCGCUACGCAGAAGACUGGGAGAUCAUGGUCAUGCCUGGUCCGCAUCAAGAUGGCUACCUGGAUGACGCAGACGUCGAGAUGCUAUACGGCGGCGAGGACUGGAAGGUGUCUCACAACGCAAGCCGAUCCGCUAUCCGUCUGAUCCCACCAAAGCCUCCAAAAUGGGCACGCAGUGAUGGCGGAGAAGGAGGCAGCCACCCCUCAAACGUAAUCGAGUACGGCUAUCCCCUGGGGACAUUGAACUGGACGGGCGACGAUCCUUGCAUCUUCGCUUUUGACGCUCCGGAUUUUGGAGGCUUCUGCUCGAGCACGACUAUCAUUCACGCCGAUCUUUGGAAGAUGGGCCAGCUGAAGGCCGGCCAUGCGCUGAGGUAUAAGAGAGUGUCGUUGGAGGAGGCACUAAAGUUACGCAAGGAUCUCGCGGCUUUCCUCGAUGCUGUACAGAAGGGGAUUGAGACGGGUGAUUACAAGCACGUCGAACCGAUUGAUGCUAACUACAAGCCUUCUGGUCAGUUUUCGAGCGCUGUGAUUUGGGAGCGCGCAGCACAGGGCAAUAGUCCGCAAGUUCGGUACAGACAGGGCGGCGACGAUCAUUUGCUUGUCGAGUACGGCAAUGAGAACUUCGACCUCAACCAUCGAUGCAGAGUGACCGCUCUCGAAAAAGCCAUCCGCGGUCCAGACGCGCCCUCAUGGUUGAAGGAAUCCCUCCUCAAGACCGUCGGCGCCUGCACGACUCUACUCAUGUACUACGACGGAGGCAAGAUGGACCGCGGCAAACUAGUCGAACACCUUCAAGGCAUCGAAGACAAACUCGGCGACUUGAGCAAAAUCAAGGUGCCCUGUCGACGCUUCCGACUCCCCUUGUCGUUCGAAAGUAAGGAGCAGACGGAAGCUACGAAGCGAUACAUGGAGACGCAACGGCCUCAUGCUCCGUAUUUGCCGGAUAACCUGGAAUUUGUCGCGAAGAACAAUGCCUUUACGGCGGAUCAAUUGAAGAAGAACUUGACCGAGGGCUCUCAGAUGGUCGUCGUCGUCGGCUUCUUCUGCGCUACAGCCGUGUCCCUACCCGUCGAUCCUCGCAAGCGGAUGAGCUCGCCGAAAGCCAACCCUUCGCGCGUCUUCACUCCUGAGGGGACAUUCGGAUGGGGAGGUUCCUGUGCGGCGCUCUACCCCGUCGACGCUCCAGGUGGCUACCAAAUGCUCGGCCGCACAAUGCCCGGCUUCGACUACCUAGGCUACAAACACGGCUUCUCCAUCGAGCGGCCGUACAUGUUCCAAGACUUCGAUCUGCUGGACUUCUACCGCGUCAGCGAAGACGAGCUCAAUAAAGCCCUGCAGCUCUUCCGCACGGGGCAGUACGAGUUUGAGUGGGAGGAGACGGAGUUCGAUAUGGCGGAGCAUAAUCGCUUUUUGGCCGAGACGGCGGAGGAGGUGAGGGAGAUGCGGGAGAAGCAACGCAAGGUGCAGGAGGAGAUGAUCAAGGCGGAGAAGGAGUCGUUGGCGAAGUGGAGGGAGGAGAAGGAGAGGAAUAAGGUUGAUGAGAGCACGGUUGAGUCGUUGCUUGAUGAUCCGGAGAUUACGGCCAUUGACGCGCCUUGCGCCGCCAACGUGUGGAAGAUCCAGGUCAAGGAAGGGCAGGAGGUGAACGGCAAAGACCUGGUCGUCAUCCUCGAAGCCAUGAAGCUCGAGAUCAACGUCAACGCUCCCGACGAUCUCGGCAAAGCAAAGGUGGAGAAAUUGCUGAUCGAACCCGGAGAGACUAUCGAGGCGGGUGGUCACAUCCUCUUGCUGCGUAAGCAGGAGUGAGGAAGACUGCGAGCAGCAGGGCCUCUGAUGCGAGAUCGCGGUGAGUAGAGCGUGUCGUAUUAUCUGUACAUAUGAAAGGGGCAGCAGCCGUGCCAGCUGUGAAUGUAAU